AUCACCUUUUGUCCAAUGAGAGCCGAGCUUUCGCUUGCGCUGAAGCGAGGCCUGGACUGUGAGGAACCGGGUGAAAAGAGCCAUGAACUCUCUAGAACAAGCAGAAGAUCUAAAGGCUUUUGAGAGGAGACUAACGGAGUAUGUUUCCUGUCUACAGCCAGCUACAGGCCGGUGGCGAAUGAUUUUGAUCGUCGUGUCAGUUUGCACAGCGACCGGAGCUUGGAACUGGUUAAUAGACCCAGACACUCAAAAGGUGUCCUUCUUUUCGUCGUUAUGGAAUCAUCCGUUUUUCACCAUCAGCUGCAUCACUCUCAUCGGCUUGUUCUUUGCUGGAAUACACAAACGCGUUGUCGCACCGUCGAUUAUUGCUGCACGCUGCCGGACAGUGCUAGCAGAAUACAACAUGUCUUGUGAUGACACGGGGAAACUUAUCCUAAAGCCACGGCCUCACAUCCAGUAGCAGAUCUGGAGCUGAAUGUUUUGUUUUGUUUUGUUCUGUUUUUCCCCCCCAUCUGAUUUUGUUUGAAAUGAAGAAGAAUAUGACUGCUACAGUUUUAAAAACCUCCCCUACACACACACACACACAUACAGAGUUUUACUUUACACCCUACAUUAAGCGUCUGUAUUUCUAAAGCUGUUAUUUUAUUGUGUGUCUCGUGGGAAGUGUUUGCAAUUUUAAGCAAAUGGCUUAACACAGUCCCUAUUAAAUAGACAGAUCUCUUAAUUAAAGAACUUUAUACAAGAAAGAAAGAGACUCUGUUACGAUCACUAGGUUUUGUACGGUAAAUCCCAUUGUAUAACUACAUCUUUACAGAUAAGAGUCUUUUAAAUUGUAGAUAGGAUUCACUGAAUUUGAUUUUAUGCAUGUAUACAUUAUUUAAGACCAGAUGUGCUGCUUUCUUUUCUAUAUUUGUAGGUUUUGAAAGGAUCUUUCUGAUAUCAAUAAUAAAAAUGGCUCCGUUUUUUUGUGAUAAUGUUGUAUACACCGAGUCGGAGUGAGUUCAUUUGACAGCGUCACAGUUCAAUCCCGAGCUCGGAUUCUUCGUGUGAAAAUAUCAGAAAAACUAAAACAAAUAAAAAUGAACGUAUUAUAGAAUCUAAUCAUCUACUUCCAUGAGCUUCUAAAGGGAUUCAUUUCAAAUCAUUUAUAUUUUUAUACACCGACAAAGUAUACUGUGAUGUAUCGAUCAUGAAUGAUUCGUUUAUUUCGAACGAAUCCUUAAUAUGAUUCCAAGAGCAAUUCAUUCAUCACGUCACAGCCUUGUAGGCUUCGGCUAUGCAGUCUGUACUGGAGUCGUUCAUUCGUUCAUCACGUGAUCACUUCUUGGAUCAUUAUCUUACAGUCAAUAAUACUAAUGUAAUCUUGUAAAAUACACUAUAUUGCCAAAAGUUUUGGGACGUCUGCCUACAUGCACAUGAAUGUAAUAUGGAGUUGUCCCGCCCUUUGCAGCUAUAACAGCUUCAACUCUUCUGGGAAGGAUUUCUACAAGGUUUAGGAGUGUGUUUAUGGGAAUUUCUGACCAUUCCUCUAGAAGCACAUUUGUGAGGUCAGGCACUGAUGUUGGACGAGAAGGUCUGGAUCACAGUCUCCACUGUAACUCAUCCCAAAGGUGUUCUAUGGGGUUGAGGUCAGGACUCUGUGCAGGCCAGUCAAGUUCCUCCACACCAAACUCACUCAUCUAUGUCUUUAUGGACCUUGCUUUGGUCACUGGUGUGCAGUCAUGUUGGAACAGGAAGGGGUCAUCCCCAAACUGUUCCCACAAAGAGCAUGAAAUUGUCCAAAAUGUCUUGGUAUGAAGCUGAAGCAUUAAGAGUUCCUUUCACUGGAACCAAGGGGCCGAGCCCAAGCCCUGAAAAACACCUGAGUUCAAUGAUUUGGAGGAAUGUCCCAAAACUUUUGGCAAUAUAGUGUAUUUAGGAAUUAUCAUAAAAUUAUCAAAAGACAUGUGCAAUGAACAUCUUCUGAAAAAUUAAAAAAGUUCUGUUCUUGUU